ACCACUCGUUCACGACAAGUCGUAGUGAGAGGACGCAAAUUUGGAAACGUCGCCGCGGUACGCGCAUGUUUAACGUUCUUUUUUUUCGGUUUCUCUUACCUCAGUACAGUGCGGUUUGAAUUGGACUGUUUUUUUGCUUUAUUUUGCAUGGGAACCAGUUGCAAGUUGGUUGCAUUGCAAUUCACCCUACUAUUGUGGUAGCAUAGAUCUAUCCAAUUUUCCAGACCAAGGUGUUGAAGAGUGUUUAAAGUGUCGUAAAAAUCAUCACAGUAUAACAUAAAAUCAAAGGUGCCUAAUCUCUUGCAAACACAAGAAAGAAAUGUUUUCGUCAUUGAGUUCCUACAUCUGGGGUGAAACGGAGAGCGGCAGCCCCCUGGAAGAAAUCGCGUUCACUAUCAAUGGAAAACCAUUCACUGUUAGUGCAAAAACUGUCCCGGUUGACACCUCACUCAAUACCUUCAUUCGCAACCAUGCCCAUCUCAGCGGAACGAAGUUCAUGUGCCUGGAAGGUGGCUGCGGAGCUUGUGUGGUCAACGUCAAUGGCCUCCAUCCCGUAACGAAAGAGAAAGCUUCGUGGGCUGUUAAUUCGUGUCUGUUCCCGGUGUUUUCCUGUCAUGGGAUGGAUAUCCUCACCAUCGAAGGUAUUGGCGGGAAAAAGGAUGGCUACCAUCCGACGCAGCAGCGUUUGGCGCACUUCAACGGAACCCAGUGCGGAUAUUGUUCCCCGGGAAUGGUCAUGAACAUGUACAGUUUACUAGAAGCCAAGAAGGGUCAAGUUUCGAUGAAGGAGAUUGAGAAUUCUUUUGGUGGAAAUAUCUGUCGUUGCACCGGAUACCGCCCGAUUUUGGAUGCCUUCAAGUCGUUGGCGGUAGAUGCGGAUGAGAAGCUCGUUAAGGCGUGUCAGGAUAUUGAAGAUCUGCCAAAAGUCUGUCCCAAAACGGGUAGUGCUUGUGCAGGGAAGUGCUCAUCAAGUGAACCCAAGGUGACCAACAAACGUCCGGUACGAAUGGUGUUCGGUGAUGGGACCGAGUGGCAUAAGGUUUACAAUAUAAACGAUAUAUUCACCAUUUUCGAGCAAAUCGGAGAAAAGCCUUAUAUGCUUGUUGCUGGAAACACUGCUCACGGAGUCUACCGACGCAGUGAACAUCUUCAAGCUUUCAUCGAUGUAAAUGCAGUCGAUGAGCUGCACGCUCAUUCACUAGGCAAUGAAUUGGUUGUCGGAGGAAACGUAUCGCUAACCGAAUUUAUGGACAUUCUUACGGACUCUGCCAACAAAAACAACAACUUCAGCUACUGCAAGGAAUUGGUGAAACAUAUCGACCUGAUUGCAAAUGUUCCGGUACGCAACUCGGGUACAAUUGCUGGAAAUCUCAGCAUCAAAAACCAGCACCACGAGUUUCCAUCAGAUAUGUAUUUGAUUUUGGAAGCGGUCUGCGCAAUGAUAACGAUUGUUGAAUCCGGUGGUAAAACCAGUACCAUCAGCCCAAUGGAAUUUGUCCAAAUGGACAUGAAGAAAAAGCUGAUCAAAAAUGUUACACUUCCUGCAAUGGAUCCUGGGGUUCACUUCUUCCGAUCGUUCAAGAUCAUGCCACGAGCCCAAAAUGCCCAUGCCUAUGUGAAUGGGGCGUUUCUGGUCAAAACUAAUACCAACCGAGACAGCGUUGAAAUGGCACGAAUUUGUUUUGGUGGAAUCAACCCAAAUUUCACCCAUGCCAUUAAUACCGAAAAAAUGCUUGUGGGCAAAAAUCUCUUCAGCAACGAUAUUGUGCAAUCUGCCAUCAGCACCUUAUCUGCCGAGCUGGAUCCGGAUUGGGUUCUACCGGAUGCUUCCGUAGAGUAUCGCAAAAAUCUGGCAAUCUCCUUGUUCUACAAAUUCGCCCUCUCGGUCAUACCGGAAGGUCAAUAUAGUCUCAAGCCAGAGUACAAAUCCGGAGGAACCGUUAUGGAGCGACCGCUUUCGUCGGGAAAACAAACUUUCGAUACCAUUGAAAAGAAUUGGCCACUAACGAAAAACAUUCCCAAAAUCGAAGCCAUUGCUCAAACUUCUGGAGAAGCAAAGUACGCCAAUGAUCUGCCACCGCAACCUGGAGAGCUGUACGCUGCGUUCGUUUUGGCUACUCAAGCCCAUUCAAGAAUCGCUAAGUUGGAUGCAUCUGAUGCACUGAAAAUGCCUGGAGUAGUAGCAUUCUAUUCUGCAAAAGAUAUUCCUGGAACGAACAACUUUAUGCCGGCUGGACUGGGAAAUCAAGAUGUCGAAGAGAUCUUUUGCAGUGGAGAAGUUCAAUUUCACAGUCAACCGGCAGGAGUUGUAGUGGCUGAAACGUUUAACCAGGCCCAAAAGGCAGCCAAAGCGGUUGUCAUAACGUACGAGAAGACGAAUAAUCGACCUCUGUAUCCGACUUUGAAAUCGGUUAUGGACGUGGAUGCUCGAGAUCGCUUCUAUGACAUGUCCUUUGACAAGAAAGGAAAGGGGUAUAGGGUGGCUCAAGCACCAACGGCUACUAAGAACAUUAAGGGACGGUUCGAACUAGCCGGACAGUACCAUUACACAAUGGAAACACAUACUUGCGUUUGUAUUCCGAUCGAGGACGGUAUGGAUGUUUAUAGUUCCACACAAUGGAUGGAUCUUACGCAGGUGGCAAUCGCUGAAUCAAUCAAAGUUCCGCUGAACAGUCUCAACAUGUACGUACGCCGCUUGGGUGGAGGUUAUGGAGCCAAAAUUUCCCGAGCAACACAAAUCGCUUGCGCUUGUGCUCUGGCUGCUCAUUCUUUGCAGCGAACUGUUCGGUUUGUUCUCCCAAUCGAAACUAACAUGUCCGCUAUUGGCAAGCGCUAUGGUUGUAUCAGCGAUUAUGAUGUAGACGUCGAGAAAAAUGGCAAAAUCACGAAAAUGAACAAUCAUUAUGUACAAGACUACGGAGUAUCGUUAAACGAAUCAGUUCAAAGUGCCACAACUGAGUUCUUCAAAAACUGUUACGAUGCGAAGACAUGGAAAAUCGUUGGCAAAGCGGUGAAGACAGAUGCACCCAGUAAUACGUGGUGCAGAGCGCCAGGAACAACCGAGGGAGUAGCAAUGAUCGAAAACAUCAUGGAGCACAUCGCCCACGAAACUGGACAAGACCCGUUGGAAGUUCGGAUGGCCAACAUGACGGCUGAUAAUAAGAUGAAAACAUUGAUGCCACAGUUCCGAAGUGAUGUUAAAUACGAUGAUCGUAAGCGUGCUAUUGAUGAGUUCAACGCUAGCAACCGCUGGAAGAAGCGAGGAAUUGCCGUCGUACCAAUGCAGUACUGGUUGGACUUCUUUGGACAGCUGAACGCCAUUGUUUCGGUUUACGCCGGAGAUGGUACGGUGUCGGUAACACAUGGAGGCAUCGAAAUGGGCCAGGGCAUGAACACAAAGGUAGCACAAGUAACGGCGUACGUACUUGGAAUUCCGUUGGAAAAAGUUAAUGUAAAACCGUCCACGAGUUUGACAUCGCCAAAUGCUAUCGUUACGGGUGGUAGCAUGACCAGCGAAGCUGUUUGUUUCGCUGUCAAAAAAGCUUGCGAAGCAUUGUUGCAACGUAUGAAGCCAGUCCGCGAUGAAAACCCUAAUGCUCCUUGGGAGAUGAUCGUUAAGCUAUCCUAUGUAAAGAACAUCGAUCUAUGCUCGGAAGCUCAAUAUAGAGCGGAGGAUAUCAAAGCUUACUACAUCUGGGGUCUUAGUUGCGCCGAAGUGGAAGCAGAUAUUCUCACCGGAAACGUACAAGUUACACGUGUAGAUAUCCUGGAAGACACGGGAGAAAGCAUGAGCCCCGGUAUCGACGUGGGACAAAUUGAAGGUGCUUUCGUGAUGGGCAUUGGGUACUAUCUGACUGAGGCGCUCGUCUACGAUAACGAAUCAGGUGCUCUACUAACGAACCGCACCUGGACCUAUAAGCCGCCGGGUGCUAAGGAUAUUCCCAUCGAUUUCCGCGUCAACUUCCUACACAGCAGUGCAAAUCCGGCAGGAGUUCUACGGUCCAAAGCUACCGGAGAGCCGGCCUUAAACAUGACAAUUGUGGUGCUGUUUGCUUUACGUUACGCCUUGCGCUCUGCACGGAAGGAUGCUGGAUUGCCGGACAACUGGAUUCCGAUGGGAACUCCCACAACUCCGGACCAGGUGUAUUUGCUGGCAGGAAAUACUACAGAGCAGUAUAUGUUAAAUUAAAAUGCCUUGUGAUUUUUGUUUUUUUUUUUACUUUCAAAUUCGAAUAUUUUGAAUGGUGCUGGAUUGUUCUAUUAUCAAUCAUUUAGGUAGAAUUUCAGAUGAAUAAAUAUAUGAUUUUGUUGAUGCUGA